UCCGCUGCAGAUAGCGGCCCAGGAUGUGGUCCCCGCGCAGCGACCGACUAGUGCGUCAGUGUCCUCUUGCUGCGGAGUUGCGCCUAGGGGCGAUUUUGCCGCCUAACGCGCUGUGCCAUCGCCUCUACUGUCCGAGGGUCCGGAACUGGAGGAGAUAGUGGGACUGGCGUCGGCGGCGAGCGCUUCCAGUGGUCACGGUGCUCGGGUGAGGACGCUUCCUCAGACCGCCGUCUCUGGGCCGAGGUGGCGGCUGAACGAGGAGGGCCGUCCACUACCUUUCAGACGAGGGUACCCUAGAAGCUUCGUCUUCAACGUCCUGCCACGAGCCAGGACACCGCGCCGCCGACUCACUGAACACGAUCGAUUCUGCCGACACACCGACUCGGGGUGUUGAUGUCCGGCGCAGUUCCAGACAGGAACAAAGGCCGACGGAGGAGCCGGAGCCGCACGAGCUGCACUGCGUCCACCGGCCGGGUCAGUGGACAGAGCGGGCGGUCCAACAGUGUGUGGACGGUACUGAGCUCUGUCCACCGGAGCCGACCACGGCGGAGGCGGCGAAUAUCAGAUGGAGAUGACAGAUGUGCGUGAAGACCUGGCCGCCCUUCGCCAUGAGGUGGCCUCACUGAGCAAAGUGGUGGCCAAAGUCCACGGGGAGUACGCCGCACUUCACGGUGCGAUGGUCCGCCUGGAGCAAGCAGUUAUCGAAGAGCGGACCACUCGCCAGACCGUGGUGGAGGAGCUGCGGCAGGAGGUCCGCCGGCGAGCGGCGCCAUCCGGCCGUUCCCAGAGAGCUAGAAAAAUGGCCAAUGACGUCAUGAUACAGACGGAGCCCCAGUCAUCGACAGUCAGUGACGUCAUAGUACAGACGGAGCCCCAGCCAUCGGCACACAGUGACGUCACGGUACAGACGGAGCCCCAGCCACCGGUCGCCAGUCUAUUCAACACGCUUGAGGAGGCGCUCGGCCUUGUAACCAUGACGACGUUCGACGCUCCGUCAGCCCUUGGCGAGGAUCAGCUGACGGCGCUUCUGCAGAGUCUUCCUCGCUUGGAGGAGCUGACCGUCAGGGUGCCGUCCUUCGGAACGGGGCGGUGGCUGCGGCUGCUGCCGACGUCAUUGAGGUCGCUAUACGUUGCCGGGCCGGAGGUGACGAAGCCGAGGUGGCCGGGAUGGUACGGGAGUGGUCUGUCGGUAUCUCUCCAAGGGGUGGCUGCCGAUACCAUCAGUCACCUGGCCACGGAGCUGGGGUCUCGGAUUACCCUACUAGACACAGAUGCACAAAUGACUACUAUUCCAAGUCAACUUCGUGGUGCCAUCAUCAGGGUGGAGCCAAACACUGUUAUCCUUCCGGCCGGAGUCGGUGACAGCGAGCUGACGGAGCUGCGGAGCUCACGGGAGACUGUGAAACGCCUGUCAGUCUCCGCCGCCGACCUCCCGCGACUGAGGGGGCAGCAGCCGGAGGGCCUCGAGCGCCUCAAUGUCAGAGGGCCGGAGGUGACGGAGCCGAGGUGGCCGGUACGGUCCCCGUGCAGGGGCGGUCUGUCAGUGUCGCUCCAGGGGGUGGCUGCCGACACCAUCAGUCACCUGGCUGACCUGGGACGGACGGUCAACCGACUGGAGAUAUACGAUUGUACUGAUCACACGGCCGGCAGCCUGGAGCCCCUCACCAGGUGCCCUGAGCUGCUAUGCUUAUCAGUCACCGCCGCCGACCUUCCGCGACUGAGGGGGCAGCUGCCGGAGGGCCUCUGGCGCCUCAAUGUCAUAGGGCCGGAGGUGACGGAGCCGAGGUGGCCGGAACGGUACGGGAUUGGUCUGACAGUGUCGCUCCAGGGGGUGGCUGCCGACACCAUCAGUCACCUGGCUGACCUGGGACGGACGGUCGAACGACUGGAGAUAUACGAUUGUACUGAUCACACGGCCGGCAGCCUGGAGCCCCUCACCAGGGCCCAAUCUUAUAAACGCCGUGAAAUGGAUAUGGCAGCACUCUAAGGCUGGAUAUAUAGUACGCAAUCUUAUAAAACUCUGUGAAAUCGAAAACACGGCACGCUCUUUACGGUAUUGGUAGCCGCUGGUUUUGAGGAUACCGUAAACUGAUUUUAACCGUGAGCAGCUGUGCACAUCUCAAAACACCGACAAUCAUCAGCUGUUUGCGGUUUCAGCGGCGUCCAUUUCACGCCAGAAUUUGUGGCGUACUUUGACGAGCUUCUCAGACAGUUUAAUUGAUUUAAGAUAAAUUCCAUGUUUUUAUGAUAUAAGUACGCAAUAUUUUACAUUAUGAUAUUUCUAAGAUUAAAACAUCCUCCACAUAUUAACUCAUAUUUACUAUAAUGAUGCUUAAUUAGACAGACAACGAUCAAUUUCAAAACAUGUAUUUCCAGGAACUAAAUGCACACUAAAACACAUAAAAACGAGUGUUCAUCGUUAUAUGGCUUUAUUUUUCCAAUAAAAAGGGUAUUUUUAAGAGAAUUUUAGCAUUAGUAACCGUCUUAGAUUUUCGGCAGCCACUGCAUUAUAGAAUCGGUAUGGGUCUUUAGCCUAUUCUCACGUCUCACGUAUGACACAAAUAACGGGCACUUCAUGGCUUCUGAUUAGAUAUUUAAAUUAAUGAUGAUAUACCUUAGUUUGUCAAAAAAUUAUAAAUGCCUACUCACCAUUCGUAUUUCCUCACUUUCUGUUUGGCACAGUCACUGAUCAGUGAUCAAUCUGUUGUUUCUCUUCCUGCAUCUCGAUCUGACUUCUGAACCAAGUAUUUUUCUUGAUAUAGCUUUGAUAUGUAGACUGGGUACUUAAAUCUUUUGAGGAAUUGCUUUUUAGCUUUAGGCUAGGUAAUAGGUACAGCCCACCGCUAAAGUAAUGUAGGGUUUUACCAAUCUCAACGGUUGGCUUUGACUGGCGAUUGUUUAAUGCGGAGUGAUCGAAAAGAAGAUGUCAAUAGCUGAAGUUGCAGCUGCAAGGGUGACGAUACAUAUAAGCUACAUUCAAAGUUUCAUUGUAGUCUGGUUAAUCGUUCCUAAGCUUCAGAAGCAGAACAUACCUAUGACUGAAACCCCACAUUACUUCUGCUGUGGACUGUACCUAUGCUUGAAUAAGAAGGAAAAUAAGCUGUGACUUGACCUAAUUCAGUUCAUGUACGUAAUCUUCGAAUUUUAGUAGCUUUAUCUUCAUGAAGACAAGAAGGAAAAUAAGCUAUAUCUUGAAUUGAUCCAGCUAAUGUACGUAUCCUGAUGCUCAAAUUGUAGGAGCUUCAUUGUCAACGGCAUUACUUCAAUUACUGAAAGAGUAGCCGAGCUAUAAUUAAAUGAUUAUUUAGAUAUUUCUUUAACAAAUUUAUUGCAAUGCCUUAACAGCAAAUAAAUGCAAAUGAUAAGUUGAAGAAACACUUUAUUCACUCGAUUUUCUGAGCGCGAGAAUGCCUUCGCUGAAAUUUAUUUGGUCGGCAAUCCACUUUUCAGGAGAAUUCUUCAAGCAUGUUGGUGUUUUCCAUACUUUGCUAUCACGUUUUCCAUAAAUAAUUUGUUUAUUUCACAUAUGUGUGUCUCUAAAAGAAAUAAAUGCCCAAUAAAAAUUAAAACACAUAACUUUUGCUGUUCGCAAACAGUACGCAUAAUUUCCAAUAGCGACGGCGACAAGACAUUGACCAAUCACGUUGGGUGUUUCCUGCUGGCGUUGAUUUGUACUGUGGGCAAAAUGGCGUGAAUAGAAUUAGCAUACUAUUCUCUUUAUAAGAUUGCGUGAAUAGGGUGCCGUAAAUAGAGUGGGGUGGAAUGAUAGUACGCCAUUUGGUAGCACAACCUUUAUAAGAUUGGGCCCAGGUGCCGUGAGCUGCGAUGCCUAUCAGUCACCGCCGCCGACCUCCCGCGACUGAGGGGGCAGCUGCCGGAGGGCCUCUGGCGCCUCAAUGUCAGAGGGCCGGAGGUGACGAAGCCGAGGUGGCCGGAAUGGUACGGGAGUGGUCUGUCAGUGUCGCUCCAGGGGGUGGCUGCCGACACCAUCAGUCAGCUGCCUAACCUGGGACGGACGGUCACACAACUGGAGAUAUACGACUGUCCUGAUCUCACGGCCGGCAGCCUGGAGCCCCUCACCAGGUGCCCUGAGCUGCAGUAUCUCACCCUGUCCGGCGGCGUCCCUGACACCGUGAGCCUGGAACCCCUCACCAGGUGCCCUAAGCUGUACAGACUCACCCUGUCCGGCGGCGUCCCUGACGCCGUGCUGGACAGUCUCAGCGGCUGCCCCGGGCUGUGGUGGCUUACACUGGGGGACCGCCAGCGGCCGGCAGAGACGGCCUUCACAGCAGCAGCGUACACCAGACUGGUGAAGUCCUGUCGGAAGCUGAUUGGGCUGUGCCUUCACUGCACGGCAGACACCGGCCGGGCCGUGCUGACCGCCCUGAAGGAGGCGGACCUGGGCCGGGACAGUAAUGGCUGGCCCCGUACCAUCCUUCUCAUUGUCCCCGGCCGGGAGCUGUACUGGCAGCUGAAGAGACAGGAAGGCGAUGGGGUCAAAGUGCGCAAGUGGGGGAAAUGAUGCGCUGCAUUACCGACCUUGCAGUGAUGAGCUGACUGCAGAGAGGCCGAGCCAGUCGGCCGGGGCCGCCAGCUGACUGCUGCCGUGUGUGUGUGGUGAUGUGAUGUUAAAUAUUACCCGCUCUAAUUA